AUGGCGAUCCCCAACGUUUUCUUCGAUCCCAUUGACGUCACCGACAGCUCAUUGACUCCGUUCAAACAUUCGAUAUACCCCGGAGGCGUUUCCUACAACUUCGAAGUCAUAACGAAUCUGGAACCUCCGAGCGUUCGCUCAGGACUGAAUUUUGAAGAUUUCGGCUUCGAUCUCGCCAGCCUGAAUCGUACGCUCCACAGAGCCUUAGAAAAUUACAGUGUGCGUUUCGCAACCGAUGAGUUGCCAGUAGACUAUCGUAUCCGACUCACUCGAAUAGAAGGAACGCCCCAGGUUUCGUUGGCGGGAGUAUUCUCGAAGAAGAUCGAUUCUCCGUUCUUGUUCGAAGAAAUGCUCACUUUCUGGGAGAGGAUAUCCACGAGCCCCUCAUUCAUCCAGGACGGUUUCGUCUACCUCCAGAGGAUCCUCGCACCUGUGCUUGCAAACCAUAGCGAGCCUCUACCGACGAUUAUGAUCAAAUUAGAUGAUCUCGGGGCGAGGACUCUAGAUCCAUUCGAAGAGGUCUACCGAACACUGCUGCCAUUCAUCUUCCUCGCGGUAUUCAGCUUCUGUGUGCUCAGAGUUCUGCACCAUUCUAUGGGUGAACGGAUAUCAAAGCGAGAACUGGCCCUGAAGGUGUAUGGGGUACCUGUUUUCCUGAACUCAUCCGCGUGGACCACGGUGCUCCUUCUUGAGGUGGUGUCAGUCGUACUGUGGGUUACCUUCCUCUUCGCCAUGUCCGGUUCUCUUCUCGCUCACGGCAUUUUCCCGGAUGACAUGGACAGAACGAAAUUUCUCUGUUUGUUGUUGCUUUUCUCGAUUCAACACUCCACUCUCGGCAUCUGUUGCAUGACCAUUUUCCGUCACCGGGCCCCAUACGUGUUUUUCGGCGCCGCUGCGAUCGAAUUCGUUCACUAUACGAUGAGCGAUAGACGAUUCUACGCUCGUUGUACCUCGGGUAGCACAAACGUCCAACUCUGGUAUCCGGGUUUGACGGCACUGGCAUUUGGCUUCAAGUUCAGCCUCCGGAAAAACCUCCCGAUUAUCGCAGAUCGUCUGGGACUAAUGGCUUGUGCCGGACGAGGACAACAGGACACGCUCAACUACACGGCGAUGAUGUAUGUUCAAGUUGUCUGGAUACUGAUUUUUAUGACCAUCGCAACAAUCGGCAGCCAUUGGCGAUCCGAGGACGAUACCUUCAGAACGAGACUCGACAUGAACAAGUCAACAUCGCAGUUCCUUUGGUUGCUCAAAAUAUUCUCGAGCAAAUCUCUCCCCUCCUUGAGUCGAGUUGGAGUACCUUUGAUCCAGGACCUCCCGGAAAAGUCGAAGCUAGCUUUAGUGAUGAAAGACGUCUCGUAUGCGAAUUCAGAAGGUUCAGUGGUCUUGGACCAGUUUACUCUGGUCGUGCCUCGAGGCCAGAUAGUGUCUGUGGUUGGCGAAGUUCAGGAUGUCGGGGAAUACUUGAUAGCGAUUUUGGCCGGGAUCUGUCGCACGAACGGCGGCGUGGUUUCAAGUUUCCGAUGCAAGUUAGACCAAAGAGCGAUUGGACUAUGUCCUGUGGACUUCUUCCUAUUCGAUGAAAUGACACUCCUCGAUAAUGCGCAUCUGUUCCUCAGCUACCGGACCACUCAGGAUGUGACCUCACAGUUCUCCUAUCUUCUAUUGGAGCUCGGUGUCACGGCUGUGGUGGACGACUUCUUCAUGGCUCUGUCCAGAUCGGAUAAGCGCAAAGUUUGUAUCGUCGUGGCGUUGAUGGCGGCGAUGGAUGUCAUUGUUUUGGAAGAACCGACGAGAGACCUCACGCUGGAGGACACGAAUAAGUUGGCGGUGCUCCUCCAUCGAGAACAGAGGAAUAGAUCCGUGCUGAUAAUAACCAGUGAUUCACGGUUCGCCGAAAUGAUUUCUGAACGCAUCAACAUCUGUCUGAGGGGGCAAGUGGUCUACAGUGGCUCUGUGACGGCGGUCGCGAAGUUCCUCGGCUUGUCCCCAAGCAUAAUCAUCCACCUCAAACUGCCUGCAUCGAGUGACUUGCGGUACUCCAACGACCCGUCGACGAAAAUCAAGAGAGCGAGUUUGGCCAACUUCAGUUUGUUGAAAAUCUUGAGAGUCAUUAGCGAAUUCCACGAUGGCGUCCGACCCCUGCAAGUGAGCCGGCACAGGAUAGUUCUGCAAACGUCGGGCAGCGAGCGCCAGGUAGAAGAUGUCUACGAAUUUUUGCGAACGAAUCAAGCUAAGCUCAAUAUCCAAAAGAUCGAAAUGUGCGAACCUGGACUGAGUGAAGUUCUCGAUAGCGCCGCAGAAUUCAGCGUGAAGCUCUCUCCACUCGGCGAGUUCCGCCAAUUGGAUAGAGUGAUCAAGGAGAAAUGGGAGUCGUGCAAGUCUGGACUCCAGACGCAGGGAGAGAAACUCAUCCCGGAAAUCCUCCUCUACCAAUGUCAAAGGACCGCAAGAAUGGGGUUCUACUUCUACACGAGUCGUAGCGUGUUUGCUCUGAUGAUUAUCGUGACAGGUUUCAUUAUAAUGGGUCAUACCCUUUCGAGCGCGCUUCAUAAACCCCGAUAUCCCGAGCAGCUGAACUCGUUCCGAAAAAUUCCCUACGGAAUCUUUUGCGAUGCCGGAUCGCUAGGAAACGCCCACAAUUCGGGACAGAUCCUCGCACGAUUCGCGGACUACCAGUUGCCGGCUGUCACUCCUCGCGAAUCUGAAAUAGGACAGAUAUGCCUGCAAGUGACGGAGGAUAGGAAAUAUAUUCUUCACGGACCCUUGUUGGCCAGCGGAGAUCUGUUCGUCUUCCUCGGCCGACUCUACAAUUCGUUCUUCGAGCGGAGAUAUCAAAUUCGGUGGUUCUGGGACAUCACCAAGCAGCAGGAGCUUUACAACUUCCUCGUGGGCGGUACGCGAAAAUUCUUCAAAGAGCUCCAGUUCGACUUCACCUUAUUCGCCUCGAUGCUGAUUUCGACAGAUCUCCUUUUCGUCGGUCGUACAUCAAAGUUCUAUGCCAUCAACCAUUUGGAGGAAUCCGGGUUGCCGAAAGUCGCUUUCUGGUUUGGUUUGAUAGCCUUCGUCAUAGUGAAGAAUUGUGUUUGCCUCAUGCUUUUCGAAGCCGUCACUUCGAUCAACAAAGAUCAUCGUCUCGGACUGAGUAUGAGCGCUUUGGAGGUAAGCCUCAAAUACUGUCGGAUCACCGAAGACGCUCGGAGGAGAAUGGGAAAUCUUUUGACGUAUGCAUACAAGUCUCUCACGCAGCUCUCCACGAUGGUGCUUGGCGUCGGCCAGACGACCAUCAUGACCACGCUGCUUUCCAUGACGCCCGUGGUCCAGUCGGGCAGAGACUAUCCUCUGAUUCUGGUGUUGAUCUUCUUCUCGAGCACAACAAUCUUCUAUCUUGAAACUUUCAUAUUCGUAUGGGCUCAUGACGAGCUUGCGAGUCACCUCGUUCAUUUCUCGAUUCUGUUGCCAGCCUACCAUCUCGCCUACGUGUUCCGCCGACUCAAAUUCCCCCGAGUGCUCUCCAAAAUGUGUUCCUCGCCUGAAAUAUCUGAGAUCAUUUGCCUCACUCACCCACAAUACGCUGACCUUUGCUGCCGGGCGACCUGUCCGGAGGGUGACAAUCAAUGCGAGAAAUGGGACGCAGACGCUUUCAGCGACCACACAGGCAUCGGUCGGGCGUACCUCGCAUCGAAUUUCGUGCUCCUCAACGUGGCAUUCUUCGUCUUCCUCACACUUACCCACUUCAAACCGAGUCAGAGAAGUUCGGCCGAGAGACAGGAACAGAUGCGUCUCCAGAAACGACGAGGCCAAACUGACGAAUUCGCCGAGAUGGAAAAGCAAACCGUUGCGGACGUGGACCCGAAAACCUGGCAUGGGAUCUUGGUGCGAGGUCUGUGCUUCUACGACGAGCCGCGUUUCGUGUUGAAAGACAUCAACUUCGGCGUGAGCGCUGGGGAAAUGUUCGGCGUUUUCGGGAAACGCGGUUCGGGCCGCACAUCGCUCCUCAAAGCUCUCGCUGGAAUGAUCAAAGUCGAGGAAUCGAGCGAAAUAUACAUCGGUAAACAUCGUGUGCCGCUACGGUUCAGAUACAGGUCGCUCAUCGGAUACGCUGGCGGAACGCAAGAUAUCCCCCAAAACCUGACGGUGCGGGCAUACCUUGAGAUGUUUAUGUCAAUCAGAGAGGUCACGGGAGCUUGGCAGCAGUAUCACUUGAGCCUCACGCUGAAAAUUUUCUCGUUAACCGAAUAUCAAAACAGUAACAUCGGUUCGUUAUCGGAGAGCAAAAAGAAACUCGUUAGCGUCGCUUCGGCGUUCGUGGGAAUUCCCACGAUCAUUCUUCUGGACGAUCCUUUGGAAGAUGUAGAUCGGAAGGAUAGGAGCCGCAUUGUCAAGGCGGUGAAUUCUUUGAAAUCGCGGGAUUCGGUCAUCGUAAUAACCUCGUGUAAUUUGGACGACGCGGCCUUAUUCGAAUUCAAUAGGGCAGCUGUGUUGGUAUCUGGCGAAUUUGUGACGAUACGGACACUGUCAGAACUCCUCGCAUCUGAUACGAGCUACCACGUCAUGGUUCGUCUGAAUGUGACACAAACUGAUAACAGUGAGUGGACACAGCUUGAAAGAAUCAAGGAACUUAUUCUGAGCCUUCUGAAAACCAGAUUUCCUGAAGCCAAGCUCAUUGUCCAAGCAGGGCUCAUGUGCGAGUUCCACGUGAGGGGCGAAGACGUGAGCUGCAGACGUAUACACGAAACAAAACGGGUCAUUAUCGACACGUUGUCGCAGGCUCGAGAGAUAAAGAUCGGCCAUGCCUCCGGAAAACGCAGACUGAUGUACCUGAUCGACGCCUUGACAGCACGCAGGUGA